ACCAAUCGCAAAGCGAAAGGAAGUAGAAUGAACAGCGUGGCAAGUUCGGCUUGUAGCUGUCAAAUUACAUCCACGUGGAAAGGUAUCUUCAUCCAUCAUGCCGUGUGUGUUUCAGGUAUCUUCAUCCAUCAUGCCGUGUGUGUUUCUCUAGUGAUGUUGGGAAGAUGACUGUCUCAAUGUUUGGCAGGAUCUUGUCAAAGACGGGAGGAAUUUUAAUUAGCAUUCUGCAGUAUGGAUGUAUCGCGCACUGUUCACUGGAAUUUGUCGUAGACUUUGUGUCUUGCAAGGGUCCAUCCAUGGAGCCCACAAUUCACAGCAGUGACAUCGUGCUGACGGAACACAUCAGUGUGACGAGACAGACCAUACAGAUAAAUUUGAGACCAGUGGUUCCUCGUGGUCACGUCUGGCUGGAAGGCGACAAUAAAGACAACUCAACGGACUCACGGACUUACGGACCAGUUCCCUAUGCUUUGUUACGCAGCAGAGUUUUCUUCAAGAUCUGGCCACCUAAGGACAUUGGUACUGUGAAGUUCUGUCCAGAUGAAAUGAACUAA